GUUUACGUUGACUAAUUGUGAAGCUGCCCAGUUCUGGGUGGGGUUUGGCUUGCUCAUAUAUGAUUUGCUGCCCAAGAUAGGAAGGAGAUUGGUCAGCUCCUUUUGGCGGAGCCGGCCAAUUGCGCGCAGGAAUCAUUGACUAAGUCAAUCCACCAUAGAACUCGACCUCCACCACUUCUUCUAGUAUGUCUUAUCUACCUACCAUCUUCUUAUUUUUCUCGUGUUUUCAGAUAUACUCUGGCUGCUUUAAGCUGUUCAAUUUCACAAAAUGAACGUAAAGAACAUACGCAUCUGCAUAUUCGUAUCAUUAAAGCUUUCUAUAUUUAGCUUUGUCCUUCUGCUAGAAAAGUCUUUUGCUGUAGAUUUGCAGUUUGUAGCAUGCGAGCCAAAAAGAUGCCCACAUGGUCAAAGCAUAAGCUACCCCUUUUACCUUCAAGGCCAGCAGGAGCCCUAUUGUGGUGUCCCUGACUUCAAUAUCAGUUGUAAUGGCCAGGGGUAUCCAAUUCUCCUCUUAUCUGAAAAUGAGUAUGUUGUUCAAAACAUUUCGUACGAAAACAAUACCUUUCGUGUUUAUAAUGCUGCUGCUAAUCAAGGGUUCGGGGCAAGCUGUCAUCCCCAUAUUAGGAAUUGGACUACAACUGGAAAUGAAAUUUUUGCAGAGUUGAGCCUGAGUUAUUCUUCACGAGCGAUCAAUUUAUUCUCAAAUUGCAGUAGACCAUUGUUAGAGCCUCUUAAGAGGUACGAGCCGGUUGGCUGUGAUGAAGGAGGGAAAGGAAACACAUCGAGCUUGGUAAUGUUUCAUGAUAACAAGAACUUGAUCUCUGCUUUGGAGCACUGCACAGAGAAUGUGGUGGCACCAGUAGAGAGAUGGGAAGAUGAGAGAAGCAAUGAUGUGGUCAAAUAUGAUAAGUUAUUGAGAAGGGGAUUUGAGUUGCAGUGGAGAGUAAGCAGUUGCAGUGAAUGUAAAGGAAGUGGAGGGCGGUGUGGGUUUAAUUCUACCACUCAGAUGUUUAAGUGUUUCUGUCCCGAUAGACCUCAUUCCAGUACUUGCAAACCUCAAAUGGGAAAAAGUAAAACGAAGGUUAUUAUAAUUGCAGUUUUAGGAGCUGUUAUAUUGAUCCUCACUUUGAGUUUGGUGGUGUUCGUUCUUCGGAGUCAGAAGAAGGGAUGUUGUUGGGGUUCUUCCCAAUUCUUUCCAGAUAACACUACCUCUGAUGAUCUCUCCUUGAAACAAGACCUUGAGCAUGAUAGUAAAUACUUUGGGAUUCAUGUCUUUUCUUACUCUGAGCUUGAAGAAGCUACAAACAGUUUUGAUUCUUCCAAAGAACUUGGAGAUGGAGGGUUUGGGACUGUUUAUUAUGGCAAACUUCGGGAUGGAAGGGAAGUCGCAGUGAAGCGUUUAUAUGAGCACAACAACAAGAGAAUGGAGCAGUUCAGAAAUGAGAUUGAGAUUCUGACCUGCCUUAGACACCCUAAUCUUGUAACCCUUUAUGGCUGCACAUCAAGACUCAGCCGUGAACUCCUCGUUUAUGAAUACAUCCCUAAUGGAACAGUUGCUGAUCACCUCCACGGAGAGAGAGUAAAAGAUGGAUCACUCACCUGGCCCAUCCGCAUGAGUAUUGCGGUGGAAGCAGCUGGUGCACUGGCUUACCUCCACGCUUCUGGCAUAAUACACCGAGAUGUGAAGACUUCAAACAUUCUUCUCGAUGAAAACUUUUGUGUCAAAGUUGCUGAUUUUGGGCUUUCAAGACAUUUUCCCAACAAUGUUUCACAUGUCUCCACUGCACCUCAAGGAACACCUGGGUAUGUCGACCCUGAGUACCAUGAGUUUUACCAACUCACUGAUAAAAGUGAUGUUUACAGUUUCGGAGUUGUCCUUAUUGAGCUCAUAUCAUCGAUGCCUGCUGUGGAUAUAAGUCGGCAUAGGCAUGAGAUCAACUUGUCAAACUUAGCCAUGAACAGGAUAAUCCGGCAUGCGUUUAAUGAGUUGAUUGAUCCAUUUCUAAGGUUUGAGACAGAUGCUGAAAUUUUGAGGAUGACUACUUCUGUGGCCGAGCUUGCUUUUCGAUGUUUGCAACCUGAGAAGGAUAUGCGGCCUACCAUGGAUGAUAUUCUGGAAACAUUGAAGGAAAUCCAAGUGCCGCAAAGGCUCCCACCUACGGUGGUAGGGGGGUCGGAUGUACGCAAUCUUACCCCUGUACUAAAGCACAGAGAGGCUGUUUCCGGAUGACCCAUAGUGAAAAUCGCGUCCAAAAUUGCAUGGAUUGACUACUGGUUCAUAACAAAGAAGAGCAGACAGUUUAAUGAGUCAUUUUGCUUUAUUCCAUCAUAUUAUCAAACCAAAAAAUAAUGAAUCUUUGGCUCUAUUGCAAAUGAUGGAAAGAUUAAUAUUAAUAGCAAUAUAAAUAUAAUAUGAAGGUGAUAUAGAGCUUUUGUUUUAUUAAAAGUAUAUAAAUGUGAAAAAAUAAUCAUUUAUUAUUUCUUCAGAAUAUUGUGUUUACAUCAUAUUUUUAGUACUAAUAAUCCAUACCUAACCAAUAAUGUACAUUUUUGAUAAUUUACAGUAAUUUUC